AUGGAAGUCGAGUCAGCGGCCACCGUCGAUCCUGCCCCGCGGAAGCAGUCGUCGUCGGCUUCGCCGGCGCAAUCUCAGACAACGCGUCCGUCGCCGUCGGCAGGAUCGACAACCACAACUACGACGACGACCACGGGCCACACAUGCCAUGCCCGCAAAGUAGGAGCUUUCCCCAGUCCGCGUGUUCGCUGCGAUGCCGCCAGUUUGGGUGUCCCAUGCACAAAUUGCGUUGCUUUCCAAAUCGAAUGCCGCAUUCCGACGCCAAAGCGCAAGAAGGCCCAAAACGCCGUACUGCUGUCCAAGGAUUCGGACAGCGAACGAGGAGAUCUUGAGUCUCGCUCCCCUCGCCCUCCCGGCACCGGUGCGUUCCCUAGUGGUACGCGCCCUCCUGCUGUGUAUCAUACCCACGAGGGCACCCCCUCAAGCGCCCAAACGGCCCAUGAACAGCAAAAAAAGGAAGAAUUUGAAAACGCAACUUUGGCAAAUUACAUGGACGUUGUCAUGAAGCCCAAGUUCACGAGAGCACCCAUCACGGAAGCAGGAAGGGUUGCCUACCUGGGCGAAUCCUCCAACCUCACACUUUUGGUCCAUGACCGCCAAAGCUCCUCAGAUGUUGUGCAUUACCCUCUGCCCGAGAGCAUGAGAGGAACGAAGUCGCGGUUAGCCGAGCUGGACAGCAUCGAGAUUGACAUCCUUCAUCAGAGAGGCGCUUUUUUGCUUCCACCACGAGCUCUCUGCGAUGAGCUGAUCGACGCCUAUUUCAAAUGGGUUCAUCCAAUCGUCCCCGUCAUUAACAAGACCAAGUUCAUGCGCAGGUAUAGGGAUCCCAAGAACCCGCCAUCAUUGUUGCUGCUCCAGGCAAUGUUGCUGGCCGGCUCGCGCGUGUGCACAAAUCCCCAGCUGAUGGACGCGAAUGGCUCAUCGGCACCAGCGGCCCUUACUUUCUACAAGAGAGCCAAGGCCUUGUACGAUGCCAACUAUGAAGAUGAUCGCGUGACGAUUGUGCAGUCUCUGCUGCUCAUGGGCUGGUAUUGGGAAGGCCCUGAGGACGUUACCAAGAAUGUCUUCUACUGGACCCGGGUCGCCACAAUCGUCGCUCAGGGCUCCGGCAUGCAUCGUAGUGUGGAGGGUUCGCAGCUAAGCAAGUCAGACAAAAGACUGUGGAAGCGCAUUUGGUGGACGCUCUUCACACGAGAUCGCUCCGUGGCGGUUGCCCUGGGCCGGCCGUGCCAUAUCAAUCUGGACGACUCUGACGUGGAAAUGUUGACGGAGGAUGAUUUCAUCGAGGAAGAUGGCGAUGAGCCUGGAGAGUAUCCUCCAGAUCCGGUACACGUGCAGUUCUUCCUUCAGUACGUUAAGCUCUGUGAGAUCAUGGGUAUCGUCCUCGCACAGCAGUAUUCUGUCGCGAAUAAGGGGCGUCGGACGAAUGCCAUCGACCUUACGCACAGCGAUAUGGCCCUGGCCGACUGGCUACAACACUGCCCCAAGAUUGUGUACUGGGAAAUGCCGAGACAUCAUUUCUGGUCUGCUUUAUUACAUCUCAACUACUACACGACGCUCUGCUUGCUUCACCGCGCCCACAUGCCCCCAACUCACUCGAACCGAAUCCCUGAGGAGCAUGUCUAUCCCUCCCGGAAUAUUGCGUUCCAAGCAGCCGCAAUGAUUACGUCGAUCAUCGAGAAUCUGUCUGCUCAUGGCGAAUUGCGGUACUGUCCCGCUUUCGUCGUGUAUAGCUUAUUCUCGGCUCUCAUUAUGCACGUAUAUCAAAUGCGGUCACCCAUUCCCACAAUUCAGCAAGUUACCCAAGAUAGGAUACGGACCUGCAUGACCGCGCUCAAAGAUGUCUCCAAGGUUUGGCUGGUUGGAAAGAUGGUUCACACGCUCUUCGAGGCAAUCCUGGGUAACAAAGUGCUCGAAGAAAGACUUCAGAAAGCGUCAGUUAAGAGACACCGCAGGUCGCAACAUAGUAUGUCCCAACUCGAGCAUCAGCAUCAGCAUCAGCAUCAGCAGCAACAGCAACAACAGCAGCAGCAGCAGCGUUUUGCACAAGACCAGAAGCGCAAAUUUGACGAGAUGUCUCUAGACUUUACUGUCACCACCCCGCAACCGCCGGAGUCAUACGAACGUUCUCGCCCCCAGACACCAAGCCUGCCGUCCAAGCCUGAGCCAGGAACUAACCCGAUGCCGCCCCCAGCUAAUGUGUCUCCUCACACACGCAAUGGAGGGGAUGCCUUUAUGGGAGGCAGCGCAUCCCGUCCUCACACCCGCCCUGCAACCCCCUUUAACCCAUCUUUCUCUGUUCCGGCGACUCCUCCCGAUCUCUACCUUGUCACAAGAAACUCGCCUAACCUGUCGCAGUCCAUGUGGGAGAACUUUCAGCCUGACCAGCUGUUUCCAGAGAACGCUAAUCUCCCGCUUUUUGGUCAAUUUUCACCCCCACCUCCUCAUCAAGGAGGGCUAGACGCGCAUAUGAUGGGACAGAUGGGACAGCAGGGUAGUGGUGACAGCCAGCAACAGCAGAACUCAUUUGGGUUCCAGGGGCAAGGACAGCAGCAGGGCAGUGGCAAUGGUAAUUCAGGCAAUGGCAAUGUCUGGCACAGUGGGUAUGAUACGACAAUGGUGGACGGGCAGAGCCCAAGUGAUAGCUGGAGUACAAGCUCGGCGCAUGGGCAACCAGUGCCGAGUACGCUCAACGUAGAGGACUGGUUCCAAUUCUUUGGAAUACAGGGUGACCCAUCUAAUCCUACCAUGCCUAUGGACGGCUUGCAGAUAAGCUGA